AUGCUCGAGGCAGCCGCUCAGGAGGUUGAUGUCCAAAGAAUCCACGAAGGCAAGCAUGUAUCUUGUCUGUUCCAGGAGGUUAAGGAGAUUGAGAAGACUUCAUUGAGCCCCGAGGAGGCUGCUGAGAAAUGGGAGACUACAAAGAGAGAGAUUGCUGCAAAAAUGGCUUUAUCGGAGGAGAAGGUUUUGGUUUAG